CGCAUCGCGAAUCGUCACUUCGCCUGUUAGCCAGUCAUUCGCGGCAUCCGUCGUCAGUUGGACGCGUUUAAAAUAGCGCAGAUUAUAUUUACAAGUUCCCGCCAUUUUGCGGUUGACAGUUCAGUGUUAUAUUAUUUUCAAUUAAAAAGACAUCCAAAUGGCUUCGGUAGAAACGCAUAAAAAUGGCACCGCGCAGAACCUGUUGUCAAAGGCGCCAUGGACGGAUGAACAAGGCAUCAGCAUGAAGAUCUACCAAGGCGUAGUGCUCACCCUGGAGGUGAUCGUGCUCAUCGUCAAGAUGUACGCGACCUGGUUCUACAGCAUUUAUAAGUUUUUCGUGCCCCCAGAACCUAAAAGCGUUAAGGGCGAAAUUAUACUUAUCACAGGCGCCGGCCACGGUAUGGGCCGUGAGAUGGCGCUGAGCUUCGCUAAACUCGGAGGCACCAUCGUGUGCGUGGACAUCAACUCCACAGGCAACCAGGAGACCGUCGAAAUGAUUAAGGAUAGCAAAGGAAAAGCGCAUAGUUAUCUCUGUGACGUAACAAGCCGCACCUCGAUCAACGAAAUGGCAGAAAAGAUCCGCAAGGAGGUGGGUGAAGUGACAAUCCUCAUCAACAACGCAGGCAUCAUGCCCUGCAAGCCAUUGCUACAGACUGGCGAGAAGGAGAUACGUACUGCCUUCGAAGUCAACUGUCUGGCACAUCUUUGGACUCUCCAAGCUUUCCUCCCCGGGAUGAUGGAACGUAACCAUGGGCACAUAGUGGCCAUGUCGUCCAUGGCUGGUGUGAUCGGUCUUCGUAACUUGGUACCCUACUGUGGCACUAAGUUCGCUGUGCGAGGUAUGAUGGAAGCUGUUCAUGAAGAAUUAAGAGAGGACCCGAGGGAUUUCAGUGGAAUCAAACUCACCUGCAUCUGUCCGUAUAUUGUGGACACUGGUCUCUGCAAGAACCCGAAGAUAAAGUUCCCCUCUCUGAUGAAGAUCCUUUCACCUCAAGAGGCUGUUGAACAUAUCGUAGAUGCCGUUCGAAGAGAAUACCACGAGAUUACCAUACCUAGCUCUCUUUAUUAUAUUAAUCAGAUGUUCCGGGUAUUCCCCCGAUCAGUACCUCUACAUAUCAAAGACUUCCUGGACUCUGGUCUGGAGGCGCAGUAACGACGCUGUGUACAAUUCGGUAUGUUUUAGUAAUUCGAAUUUGAUAAGACGAAAUGAGUAAGGUCUUAAAAGACAACUUUGGAUCAAUAUUUUUGGCCAAGAAUCAUUCUUGUGUGACAAAAUGAUCAUAUCAGAAUUAUACAGAGUGUUUAAAUAUAUUUAAAAAAUAAUUACAGCCGAAUAGACUAUCUUAUUUUUAUAUAAAAAAAAAUUGUGUCAGUGUUUGUCUAAAGUUGUUAAAUUUAAUUUGCUAAAAUAUCUUGCCAAAACAGUCUGCAUUGAUACCAGAUUUAUUCGGGUCUGUUUUGGAUUUCGUGAACAUUCUGCCUUAAAUGAUUUAAUCAAAUAUUAAAAAUAUAUUUACAAAUCCUUAUUCAAUAACAUUCAAUAAAUAACUUGAACGUGAUCGACAAUUAACCAAGAAAUAUUGAUGCGAUUAUUUUUCUUCAAAAAAAAUAAACGUAUUAAAAUCUCACUUAAUUUUUCUAAACUGAUUUUUGUAAUCGGGGUAAGUUCAUUAUUAAUAAUAUAUUUUUUUAAUAAAUAUUGAACGUUUGAAUAAGGUUAAUAUUAAUUGUAAAUUAAUUGUAAUUAAUAUUUUUAAAUGAUUGAAUUUUGUACAUAAGACUGGUGUAUGAUAAAGUAUUUUUUUAUUUUUAAACUUAAAUAGGAUAAAAAAAUGGUGAUAGUCGAGAAAUCGUUGAUAAUAAUAUUAAGGUGCAACCUGAAUAUAAAAAAGGGACGAGUUGCAUUAAAAAUAAGUCCGAAAUUAUUCGUAGCUCACACCCGACACGUCUGUCGGUACGUACUUCUUAAAAAUGUACAGAAAGUAUCAAGAUCGUCGAAUCGUGGUAUUUUUUCCUCAGUAAUAUUAUCAACGGUUAUAAAUUCAUACGUAUGUACUUGUAUACAUUUGUCUUGUGCCCGUAUUCGUUAUACUGAUAUUAUAGAUAUUGUAUACUUCCUACCAGCCAGUGAUAAAUUUGGAACUCAAAGUGCCAUUUGUCAUUUUCAUUGUAUAGUCGAUAUUUUAUGCAUUUCUACAUUUUUACUAAAUUCAGAAUGCCUUUUAAGGAAAUUAUACAAAAUUACUUAAUGAAAAAUAGUUUGUUUUUUUUUAAUGUGUUCGAUUUCCAUACAAGUGAGACUUCUUCGAGCGCGAAUUUGAGAGCAACCUUUGUUACCUGUACUUAGUUGAUUAUUUAUAUGUCUAGAUAGAGUAUCAAAGCUGAGAACGCGUUGAAAAAAGUUGUGGCCAACAAUGGGCCCCUCUGUACACGCACACUAGUAAAGUUGUAUGACGUUUGAGUGUCAAGCGUAGCCGUCACGCACACCAAGAUAAUAAGAUAAUAUAGUUCGCUCGAUUGGUUUAGAUCUUUUGUUGCGCGACACUCUAUCUGGAUAUUAAAUAGUCUAAAAUUGCACGCUCUUUUUUUAAUAAGGCAUAUCAAUCUUGUCAUGAAACAAUAUUCAUAGAAUAAUUUCAAAUAGUGUAAUACAUACGUUAAUGUUAAAAUACAUACGUAUUAUCUAUUUUGUAACGCCUAUUUCUUAAUUAUUUUCCUAAAAUGUAAGUCUCAAAACUUGGUUAACAUAUAUGAAACUAUCAAAAUAAUAUUUUUUUUAAUUAUUAAAAUAAAAUAUAUAAUUGAUUUUGGAACGGUAUAUAAGUCCGCUCUCGAUGUUCUGAAUAUAAAAAAAAAAAACUAUUUGUACUUCUUGCAUUCUGUCGUGCAAAAUAUAGUGAUAUUAUUUAUAUAAGUGUUGUGAAUGAAUUUUAUAUUUGUAAUUUAGCGAGUGGAAUAAACGAUUGAAAUGAA